AAUAUCUCCAGUAUUAUAAGAAAUUCUGACAAAGAAAUAUCUAUUUCACAGUGAUUCGAUUGCGACGCAUACAAAUAGAUACAUCCUGCAACGACGAACUUCUUUUCACAGUAAUUUUUUUCUCCAAAGACAAUAUAUUGAUUCGCCAUGUUUAUAGAAUUACUCGAAUUUCUCGUUAUUGUUAUAAGUGCUGUGUAUAUUUAUUACAAGUAUGUAUUAUUUAAUUAUUGGCGCAAGAAAGGCGUUUUUUACGUUAAACCUAUUGUACCAGCGGGCAAUUUGACAGCUUUUGUAACUGGAAAAAAAUCUCUGGGUGAACUUUAUCUUGAUGUCUAUGUAAGAUACAAGGGCCACCGUGCCUUCGGAAUGUAUUCAUUCUUUAAGCCUAAUUUGGUAAUCGCCGAUCUCGAUCUUAUUCGAACUGUGUUAAUAAAAGAAUUCGAGAGCUUCCAUGAUCGUGGAACGUUUUGCAACGAGAAAAUUGAUCCAUUGUCAGGCAAUUUGUUCAAUCUGCCUGGAAAAAAGUGGCGAAACUUGCGCAACAAGCUGAUACCCACGUUCACUUCCGCAAAAAUAAAGCAAAUGUUUAUGACAUUGAAAGAACAUGGUAGACAAUUAACCCAGAGCGUGGAGAAUGAAGGUCGGGCAACAGAUUGCAUCGAAAUGAAGGAUAUGUUUGCAAGAUAUUCGACGGACGUAAUCAUGUCAACAGCUUUUGGAAUCGAAGCCAAUUGUAUAAAAGAUCCGAAUAGCGAAUUUCGACGCUGGGGAAAGCAAAUCUUUAAAGAAAAUUCCUUUUGGAUCGCAUUGUUUUUAUUCUUUCCCCAAUUUAUGAAUUUCUUUUCCGUUCCUACCACUAAUAAAAAUAUCACACAAUUCUUUAUAAAAAUGUUUCGGGACAAUGUGAAUUAUAGACAAACUUUUAAUGUCGUUCGGCACGAUUUUAUGAAUCUUCUGAUACAACUCAUGGAAAAGGGCUAUGUUGAACCCGACGAUAAGAAAGAUACCACUAAAGAUACCAUUAAUGUAUCUCCAACCACGAAUAGAAUUACUAUGUUAGAAGCUACUGCACAAAGUUAUGUUUUCUUCUUGGCCGGCUUCGAGACUUCCUCAACGACGGCGACAUUCAGCUUAUACGAAUUGGCUCAACAACAACACAUACAGGACAAAGUUUACAAUGAGAUUGAUAAAGUACUAAAAAAGCAUGGAGAACUGACUUACGAUUCUGUGAACGAAAUGACAUAUCUUCACAAAGUAAUAAACGAAACUUUGAGAAAAUAUCCGGCUGUACCUAUUCUAAAUCGUGUCUGCACUAAAGAUAUAAACGUUCCAACGACGAACAUCCAUGUGCCAAAAGGAACUUUAAUCUCCAUUCCGGUAUUCGGAGUGCAUCGUGAUCCAUCAAUAUAUCCAGAUCCGGAUAAAUUUGAUCCCGAACGAUUCAACGCGGAUGAGAUAGCGGCUAGACAUCCUUAUGCUUAUUUGCCUUUUGGAGAAGGACCACGAAUUUGCAUCGGUGCGAGAUUUGGUUACUUGCAAGUCAAAAUUGUACUUGUGAGUCUCUUGUCGAAAUUUAAGUUCAAGCUUCAUCCUCGAACUCCAGUUCCACUUUCUUUCGAUGAACGAUCUCCUGUACUUGUAGCCAAAGGCGGUGUGUAUUUUAUCAUCGAGCAGCGAUAAAAUAAUUUUUUUUAAUAAGAGGUAUUUUUAUUUAAAUCUUAAAAAAAAAAUUAUUUUUAAACAUUGCUGCGUACAUUACGUACACAGCGUGUCUUACAAAUAUUGAAUAGUACAAUAGAUUUAAUAGAGAGUGAAAAGGAAGAAGAGAGAAGAAGAAAGAAAAAGAGAGGGAAAGAGAGAAGACAAAUAUAACAAAUUGGCACAGCACUGAUGAAUUAACAUGCAAUAAGAAACAAAAAUCGAAUUAGGAGUGUACAUGUGUGUAGUGCGAAGUGAGAUAAGUGUGAACGCGCGUGAUCGGAUUUAAUCGGACACGCAUUGGCAUUCUCCAAGUAGGAUAAGAACAUCAAGUAAAAUUGGAAUCUAAAUUUAGGUAAGAUAGAUAUAAAACUAAAUAUAAGAAAAUUGUAUACCCGAAGAGGUAAUAACCAUCAAUAAACCAUCAAUUAAAAUCUAUCUGCGGUGUAACAAACAUAAUAGUUAAUCGUCAAAAUCUUGUUAAUCGUAAUGUACACAAAAAAUUCCUCCUGAGAGAUUAACAAUUUUAGUAAUAUACUUUAUUUAAAAAAAAAGAAACUUUUUAACAUAAUGCAUAUUAUAGCAUGGUAAAGUUAAAAUAGCCCAUUUUUAUAACUUUGAUCUUGAAUUUCUCAAAAUUGUGACGUGAUGAAGCAUCAUUAAAAGCGGCAUUAUGUUCAAAAAAACUAUGAAAGGAGAUACCUAACAUUCAUGUGUUCGAAAAAUGCUAUUUUUUGUAAAACUGUGUUAUAUGAGUUAUAAUUUUUAGGAUUGUGUUAUAUGUGUUAUAUGUGUUAACUCUGUUAUAUGUGUUAUAAUUUUUAGGACAAAUUCGGCGAUAAUGUUUGAAUUACGUGUAAUUACAAUGAAAUAGGAAUUUAAGUAAACACAUGUUUUAAAGCAUAAAGCAUAAAAAUGUAUCGUUUAUUUUGUAGAUAUUUCUAUACACAG